CCCGGAAGUGACGUCCCCCCCUUUACUCCUCGUAGUGAAGCCGAUCAGCUGUCAGUCGCUAACUGGAGUUUACAUUUCCUCGUAAAAAAACAUCUUAUUGUGAUUCAUCAUGUCUUCCAACAACAUGUCAGACCUGAGGAGACCAGCCAAGAUUUUAAGGUACAAGGCUCCCAGCACAGAGUCCAAUCCCACUCUGGAGGACCCCACUCCCGACUACAUGAACCUGCUCGGCAUGAUCUUCAGCAUGUGUGGACUGAUGCUCAAGCUGAAGUGGUGUGCCUGGAUCGCGGUGUACUGCUCGUUCAUCAGCUUUGCAAACUCCAGAAGUUCAGAGGACACCAAACAGAUGAUGAGCAGCUUCAUGCUUUCCAUCUCAGCAGUCGUCAUGUCUUACCUCCAGAACCCACAGCCAAUGUCUCCUCCAUGGUAACCGAGAGCCAAUCACAGAAGAGCAGGAAGUGAACCCUGGAUGCUGGAGUUGAAUGAAACAGCUAAUCGCCCCCUCUGGCCAUCGUUGAGGAGAAACAGAGACAGAAAGGAAGUUAAUAUGAAUUAGAAAGAGAGGAAACGGAUGACUGGGGGGGGCAGUAAGGAGGACACUACGUCAGAGCGGAGAGAUGAAAUGCUCUUUGACUGCAUACUCAUGUUAUUCUCUUUUUAACCUUUUCUAACUCUGUUUGUUGAUGAAAUCUUCAACAUUUUACUGUCUGGCUGAUCUGUCGCAGGAUGUCCUGAAUAAAGUUGUACAAUUUUAAAAGAGA